ACAAGUGAUAGAAGCGGCCGCCCUUUUAGCUAGAGCUGCCCGGCCUAAGGGAAAGAUGGUAUCUAGAAAAGUGCUGUCGGUAGAACGGUUUGUGCCCAGUGCCCGACAAUCCAAUCAGCCCCCUAAUCCAGAGGGCCGGGGUCAAGUGCCGCAGCCUUCACCCCCACCGCAGGCCGGACGUGCCCGGAAGAAGCAAAAGGUCACCGAUCAACCUUCCACUUGCCCGGGCGAGGUCGCUGCCCAGACUCCUCCCCGUCCAACAGGUGGUAUUGUUAUCCGUGAGCCGCCGACUGAAGCCGGCACGGGGGGCGCGUCCUCCUCCCAAGUGGCUCCUGCGUGGGAGCCGAAGAUCCUUCUGGACGGCAAACCAUUGCCGUCAACCGCCUGCAUUCGGAUGUGGGAUAAAGGCGAGGGCGGCCGUAUUGCCCAAUCUUUGGCCGAAGCUCUCCAACUUCCCGAGGAUGUGCAUGCUUUCGAGGAUGGAUCCGAGGAGUCCGUAGGGCGCCGGUUAGAGUGGCACGCCAUUGCGGCUGCUCAAAUGGCCCACAUUGUGGCUGCUCGGGCACGGGAGCUUGCUGAGGAGAGCGAGCGCGAGAAGGAGGCGCGCGAGGCGGCGGUGAAAACGGCUAAGGAAAAACUGAAGGCCGCCGAGUCUGCUGAGAAAAAGGCUGCAGUUGCCGAGAAGAACCGGUCCCUUGCCGAGAAAAGGUGUGCGGAGCUCCUAACCCAGCAGAAUGAGACGGAGCUUAAGCUAGCCCAAGCUAUCAGCCUUAACACCUCCAAUGCCGAGGAGAUAGCUGACCUUAGGGCAGGCUUGGCAGCCGCGGAGCAGAAAUGGUAUGAUGUCGGCUUUGCUGAUGCCGAAAACUCUGUAGAGCCGGUGGUUGCUCGGGCUAGGAAUAUGGGCUUUGAGGCCGGGUGGUUUGCCGCCCUUCAGGCAAUGGGUGUUCCUGAGGAUUCGCAUCUGAGAGACCCCGGCCAAAUCCCAUUCCCGAGCCCCGCCCCUGCUGCUCAGGGUACCCCGGUGGCGAUUGACGAGGAAGAGACAGCCAGUAUGAGGGAGCUGGUUGAGCAAAUCGACGCUCACGCCGAGCCUGAGGAAAUGGAAGUCACCAGUAUCCCGACUGUGCAGGAGCUUCUCGGUGACGCCCCGCCUUUUUCUUUGGCCGGCCAGCAGGAAGUGAUACCGCCGAACCAACCUCCCCGCUAAUUUUUCCUUUAUCUUGCUUGCUCAUUUUUAUUUUAUUAGUUUUACUUGCUCACGUCACCGGGAUGCGGUGACCGAACAUUUGUUUUAUUUUGUUGGUUUUAUUUGCCUAUGUCACCGGGAUGUGGUGGCCGAACAAUUGCUCUACUUUAAUUGGAAGUCCGUUUUCUUUUUCCGUUUGAAUUUGUCGAAUGAAAUUAUCUCUGUUCGUGUUUUGCUUGAACCACGCCAGUGCUAUGGCGGCUUAAUGUAAUAGUACCCCCGAGAACCAUUUACGCGGCGCUUAGUGUAUUUUGAGAGCGCUUUUUGACUUAGUAUUUGAAAAAGGGUCGGGUUAGGCUUUGGCUGAACCGGGAAUCUAGCCGAGAAUCAGGUUUUCGUACUUAGAGAAUUAUUUGUAGGUUUCCACCUGCUCGGCGAUAGUGAU